AUGGCUGACAGGGCCUAAACUCGAGCUGUCAGAUCUUUGAUUGAGCAAGACAAACCUUACUAUAGAGUUCCUUAUCCUUAAUACAAAAGUUUCAGAAUUCUGAGUUUGGAAGCUGUCCUCAACAUUUGUUGGAUAUAAUAAUAGAGUGACAGGUGGAGGUGUUUCCAUGAUAUAAGGGUCCUCCUAUGGCCUAAUAAUCGCACUUUGAAUGCUGACCAAAUCCUAGCAUCAAACCUUUGAUAUAAAGUCUUCAUCAUUCUUUUCCAUGCCAAUCUGAGCUGUGGUACUGUAGCCUGGAUCAUGAUGAGUUCAAGAACUGAGAGGGAAACUACGACUACAAAUGCAGAUGGAAUGGUGGAAAGAAGAGUGGAGACGACAGAUUUUCGGUCAUCGGCAGGGCAAGGGCAAGAGCAGAGGGAUGUGCAGGUGAUUCACGAGCCCAAAAUUGAUUCAAAGACCAGUGGAGGUACAUUGGCUGGUGCUGCAGCUGCCGCGGCGACCGCGCUCCAGUCUGCCCAGAAUGCCAUAUCUGGAAAAUAAGAAUUGGCCAGAGAAUCAAUCUCUUGGAGAUCUUGUCCCGAUUCCUUAAUAUAUUUUGUUUAAAACUUUGUUUCAAAUAUCUUCUAGGCAGAGUAUUAAUCAAUACUUGUGUCGAAAAUCUCUUGUGUAAUCUUAUCUUAAAAAGAAUCUGUUAUGUAAAUGGCUAAUUGUA